GUGGCCUUUCGAUUGGACACUGGUUGCCGGGCUGACCUGCAAAAGCAUGUCUGUAAUUAUAGCAUACGCAACCAGCAAACAGCCCGGCACUUGUCGCAGUUUUUAAUACACGCGUGCAAGUAGACAAUCUCCCCAAUCAUCUACCUGGGUUUCUCCAAUUUAGAAGGUCGACGUUUUGGACAAGAUGCUCAUCGGAAUCUGCGGCGGCAUCUGCGCCGGCAAGAAGACCGUCGCCCAGUACCUGGUCGAGCACCACGGCUUCAAGCUGCUCCGUCUGAAGGACCCCUCAUCAACUCUGCCGCGUGACGAGACUCCGGCCUACAAUGCUCCGGAGCCGGAAUCCGCCCCGCCCACCGCCGGCAACGACGAGUCGGGGGCUCCUCAGCAGCACCAGCAGCACCAGCAGCACCAGCAGCACCAGCAGCACCCGCAACAGUCUUCCACCGACACUAAGGGGAAGAAGAAGAAGGGCCCCUAUUGCUUCAACUGCAAACAAAAGGGCCACCCCAGGGUGGACUGCCCCCUCCCGCCCCAGGAGCCCGCCUUCGCCGUCAACGGCAACGGCAACGGCAACGGCAGCAGCAAAAGCAACGGCAACAGCAACGACAACAGCAACGGGACCCCCGAAGCCCCGGCGCGGCAGGCCGGCAAGCAUCACAUGAUCGUCCACGCCUUCUCCGUCGUGACGAGGAAGGACUUCCCGCCCCCUCCCCCACCGCAACAGCCGGCCACCAACGGCUUCGGCGCCGCGGCACCCGGCGAGCUCUCCUUCGCCUCCGCCGACGCCCUCCUGGACUACGUCACGACGCGCUGGCAGUCCCGCUUCGUCACGACCGACGUGCACAACGAGGCCGUCCUCGACGCCCUCUCCCGCCGCCCCUUCUUCAUGCUCGUCUCCGUCGACGCCCCGCUGACGGUCCGCCACGCCCGCUUCCGCGCGCUGCACAACCCGCACUGCACCCUCGAGUCCUUCGCCCUCGCCUCCGACCGCCACCUCUACGACCCGCGCGGCGGCCUGCAGCCCCUCAUCUCCCGCGCCACCGUCCGCCUCCUCAACACCUCGUCCUCCCUCGCCCACCUCUACGCCACCCUCGGCAAGCUGCAGCUCGCCGACCCCGUCCGCCUGCGCCCGAGCUGGGACGCCUACUUCAUGUCGCUCGCCGAGCUGGCCUCGCUGCGCUCCAACUGCAUGAAGCGCCGCGUCGGCGCCGUCCUCGUCGGCCGCGAGAAGCGCGUCAUCUCCACCGGCUACAACGGCACCCCGCGCGGCCUGCGCAACUGCUCCGACGGCGGCUGCGCCCGCUGCAACUCGGGCAACUCGUCCGGCGUCGGCCUGUCCACCUGCCUGUGCAUCCACGCCGAGGAGAACGCCCUGCUCGAGGCCGGCCGCGAGCGCAUCCGCGACGGCGCCGUGCUCUACUGCGACACGUGCCCGUGCCUGACCUGCAGCAUCAAGAUCUGCCAGGUCGGCAUCGAGGAGGUGGUCUAUGCCCACGGCUACAGCAUGGACACGGAGACGGCGGCCGUGUUUGCGCAGGCGGGGGUCCGCCUGAGGCAGUAUAUUCCGGCUCCAAACGGGUUGAUUCAUUUAGAGAAUCUGGAAAACCUGGAGCUUUACUGAUCUACUGAGAUGAUUGUCCAAAAAAAGAGGAAAGAAAUUGAGGUUGUAUAUAAGUAGCCAUGGAGAACCCUGAUGGCCCAAGAUGGGGUCCUUCACGCUCCAUCCAUCCCCCCAAAAAAGGUACGGGGCAAAAACAAUGAUAUCAAAUAUUCAUAAUGCAGCAUCUCGCACGCGUGAACAUUUUCACCUUCCACAACUGCCUUGCAGUCACGGCGACUAAGUUUUGGGGGAGGGGGGGGAUGGCAGCUAGUCCUCACUCAAUCUCCCAGGUCAUGCGCCGGCCCGGCCCGCCAAACCCAAAAACUGACCAAAGCUUCAACCAAGUCCCAGCUGCUGCCCUCUCCGAAGUUCGCCUCCAACGGCA